AUGGAAGAAGUUGCGAAACCGCCCAUAAGGCAAACGGAGUUAGUUGUACGUCCCAGCUUCGGAAAAGUGGGACGGCCUGUAAACGUUCGCGUAAAUUACUUCGAGGUAGUCAGUCUACCCGACGGAAACAUACAUCAGUACGAUAUCGAUAUCAGUCCCGACGUACCACCCGCCUUAAAUAAACGUGUUUUCCAAGUUCUUGCCAGCGACAAGCUUGGAGAUGUUAAAGCUGUUUAUGACGGGCGGAAAAAUGUCUAUACGCUUAAAGAAUUUCCUUUCAAGGAUACUUUAACAGAAACCGUCACCCUCCCCCCGAAUAAUGCCAUCAGAGGGUCAAGCAGGCAACCGCCUACAAAUUUCACGGUGAAGUUAAAAAAAGUAGCCGCCAAGAAUCUUGAAGAAGCCCUGCCGAUAAGUGCGCUGAACGUAUUAAUCAAUUACGUACCCGCGAGUAAGUUCAGACCCGUUGGACGUAGAGCGUUUUAUACCAAAGACGGAAGCGUAUCCUUGUCAGGCGGUGUAGAAGUCUGGCCAGGAUACUGGCAAUCACUUCGUCCCGGUCAAGGUAACGCGGCAGAAAUUUUAGUCAAGCUCCUUAAACGAUCCGGAAUAGAAGACUUCCGACGUGGUUUGACCCGAAGAGACCUUGUAAUCGCCCAAAGGUUUUUCAAAAACUUGAAGUUUCGCGUUAAUCAUCGAGGGGCGGAUUUUCAACGUCGCUAUAAAGUGAAAACGAUUACCGAAACGCCGGCCAAUCAGACCGAGUUUAUUAUGACAGACGAACGAAGACACAACAUAGCCUCGUAUUUUGCGGAUCGCUAUAGAAGGCUUCUGUAUCCAUUCUUACCUUGCCUCGUAACUCCGAAUGGGGCAAACUUUCCUCUUGAAGUUUGUAAAAUUGAGGAGGGUCAGAAGUAUCUUCGAAAAUUAAACGAAGAUCAAACUCGCGAAAUGAUAAGAUUUACUUGUCAGCCGCCUUCCGUGCGCGCUGAAAGAAUCCAAAAAGGCGUAGACGUUAUUUUCGAUGAGAAUGAAUUUUGCAAGACAUGGGGCGUAAAAUUGUCUCAUAAAAUGAUUCAGACGGAAGCAAGAGUGCUUCCCCCACCUAAAAUUACCUACCAUCCGUCCGGACGAGAGGCAGUAUUCGUCCCCAAAGGUGGACAAUGGCAAUUAGGUCCACAAAAAAAGAUGUUAAAAGGGGAAACCCUCGAGUGCUGGUCAAUAGUUGUUUUCGGAAACGAGCAUCAAGUUCCGAGGCGACUGAUAAAUGAUUCAUUACGUGCACUUUGUGACACGAUGACAGAAAACGGCAUAAACGUUAGAAAUCGAGAGCCGGUGAUAUUUUACGCUAAUCCUCAAGGGGACAUAGCAAAUGCCUUACAAAGAGCUUAUCAAGAGACUGAGAUUAAGCGCAUAGGUGAUACUAUUAUUGGUAUUCCAACACAGGCAAGUAUUAACAUUGGAAAGUAUUCGAGAUGGAACGUCUUGGCAACAAAAAUGAACAAGCAAACGGCUGGCAUGCUCGGCCUAAAAAUAAACGUCAAAUUGAAUGGAAGCAAUAUGGCGUUAUAUAGCGGCUCUUUAAAGUUUAUUGAAGAAAAGCCGACAAUUGUCUUCGGCGCUGAUGUGUCGCAUCCCGGACCGGGAUCCGACAUGCCCAGUAUUGCGGCAAUCGUUGCUUCGUACGACCAAAACGUGACGAAAUACGCAACAUCAAUAAGAUUCCAGCAGUCUCGUGUCGAGGCGAUAGUUGCGAUUGAGGACAUGGUGAUAGAGCUUUUGAGGAUUUUCCACCGCACUACAAAGCGAAAACCUCAGCGGAUAUUAUUCUAUAGAGAUGGAGUCGGCGAAGGUCAGUACGAAGAUGUCGUGAAAAAUGAAGUUGAAGGCAUCCGCAACGCGUGUAGAAAAUUGGAAUCGACGUAUAACCCAACCAUAACGUUUAUUGUUGUCCGAAAGAGACACCAUACACGCAUGUUUCCCGCCAAUCGAAGUGACGUUGAUAACAAGUCGAAUAAUUGUCAAGCCGGGACGGUGUUGGAAAAGCCUGUCGGCCAUCCAUUUGAGUUCGAUUUCUUUUUAUUGUCUCAUCCUGGCCUACAAGGGACAUCGCGCCCGACUCAUUAUCACGUAUUGGUCGAUGAUAAUAAUUUUGACGCUGACAAAUUGCAGACGCUUACGUACAAUUUGUGCUAUUUGUUUGCGAGAUGCCCGCGAGCAGUAUCUGUGGUUUCUCCUGCAUAUUAUGCACACUUGGCCGCAUUCCGCGCAAGAUUUUGGCGCAAAAAUCCGAUCAUGUCCGAUUCCGCAAGUAUCAAUACAGAUAGCAGCGUGGGAAUCGAAGAUUAUAGACAAAUGCAUCCCAAGUUGAAGAACUUAAUGUUCUUUUUGUGA